ACCAAGAGCUGGAUGAAUUAUAUUGCAAUCACUUCACAAUGCACAUAGGAUACAAAGUAUUCGCCACCAUCAGCUUUCCAUUGAUUUAUGUCAUGAAAUGGCUUUGGGGUGAUUUUACUGUCAAUGUGCAUGUUGAUCCUCCAGUUGUCUUGGUUGGACAAGCUGCGAUGUUGUCCUGCCAUCCCACAGGCCAGGUCCCCGCUAAUAUUCAAGUGCAUUGGUACAAACUGGAAAGGAAUAAAAAUACGACGUUAUAUUUGUACAAUAGCACAGAAAAAGGGACUGAGCUGGGCCGGGCUGGGGACCAGCACAGGAUCAAAGGACGAUAUGAGAAUGGAGACGUUAAGGUGAAGCUCUUUCCAGUGCAAGUAGAAGAUAGUGGGCAGUAUGUGUGUGCAGUGACAAGCGAUGGUGUCUAUCAAGACGCUAUCGCCCAGGUGAUUGUUGCAGGUUUUGGAUCUGCACCUCGCCUAACUAUAGAACAUCAGCAGAAUAAUUCAAUCACUCUGAGAUGUUCGUCCCAGGGUUGGUAUCCACAACCAGAAAUACGCUGGACUGACAGCACAGGCCAAAAUAUAACUGCCAUGGCUGAAAUAAGAAUCCAGAAAGAUGUGACAGAGCUGUAUCAAAUCCACAGUAUGCUCAGGGUAGCAGAUACUGCUUCUGACACCAUCUCAUGCACUAUAAUAAGCCCCUUGCUGAAGAGGCACCGCAAAAAAGUUAUUGCAAUUUCUGGUUUCUUUGAUGUGGAGGCAGAACAUGACGUCAUUACCACUGUAAUUGGAGAGAAUGCCAUUCUUCCCUGCCGGCUGAUUACGAAACAUCUGCCUCCCAGCAUGGAGCUGCAAUGGAGGAAAGUUGGACCUAGGAAGGAUAAGACAAUCUAUCUCUACCUCUAUGAUGAAAGCAGCCCCCUGGUUAAUUCUUAUCCACAGGAUGACAAAUGCUCAAUGGGUUAUUUGUCUCCAAAUGGAGUCAACAGCAGAGAAUGGGUCAGGAAGAAAUAUGAAAAAAGAGCAGAAGUUUUUAAAGGAAAGGAGUUUGGGAAAGGAAAUAUUUCUCUGAAACUGAACAAUGUUCAGGUGGAAGAUGCAGGGAAAUAUGAAUGUUCUGCCACAGCCAACUCAUUUCACAGAGAGAUCAUCACUGAAGUCUUGGUUAAAGGGGCCGCUAACAGGGAGUUUCGAGAUGGGGUUCGCCAGGUGAAGGAGGAGCAAAUACAGAAUCCUUGGGGUGCCUUAAACAAUUUCUUGCAGACUAUUGAUGAGACCGUCAUCCUUUUUCUUGGAAAAUACAAAAGUGCCUUAAUCUGUUUAUUGCUGUUUAUUGCUGUGAUUUUUCUUGGAAAAUGCAAAAGAGAAAUGGGAAAGACAAUAAAGGAGCUCCAGGAAGAAAAGGGAGAAAUGGAAAAGACAAUAAAGGAACUCCAGGAGGAAAAGGAAGAACUCCAAGAGGAAAAUGGAGAUUUCAAAAAGAAAAUGAGAGAAAUGGAAAAGACAAUAAAAGAUCUCCAGGAGGAAAAGGGAGAAAUGGAAAAGACAAUAAAUGAAAUGAAGAAGGAAUUAGAAUGGAGAACGGCUCGGAACAAUUCAGAUGACAUCACUCUUAAUGGAGUCACGGCCCACCCCAACCUCUCCAUUUCUGGGGAUAAGAAGAGUUUUACACAUGAAGCCCAACCUCAAAAAGUUCUACCAAAUCCUGAGAGGUUCGAUUCGACCGUCUGUGUGUUGGGCUCUGAAGGAUUCUCCUCUGGAAAGCACUACUGGGAGGUGGAGGUUGUGAGCAGCACUGACUGGGACGUGGGGGUGGCCAGAAAGUUAACACAGAGAAAAGGAAAACUGUCCUUGUCCCCUAGAGAGGGAUUCUGGGCUCUGGGUCUGAGUGGGAGAGAUUAUUGGGCAAAAACAGACCCAUGGACCCGGGUCAUAGUGCAGAAAAAGCCCAAGAAAAUUGGAAUUUACCUUAGUUACCAAGAGGGGCAGGUGAUUUUUUUCAAUGUAACUGACGUGUCUGUGUUGUUCACAUUUAACAAUUGCUCAUUCUCAGGAGAGAUUUAUCCAUUCUUUAAAAAUUCCCACAAAGAAACAACAAUGAGAAUUUGUUCAACUAAAGAGGAGUAAAUAUAACAUUACUCUGAUGCUGAUUUUAUACUGAUGUAACUGAAAUCAAGGUUUUCAUGAACAUAUUUUGAUGUAAAAAAUCUUUGU